UGGCGGUAACCAUUUUCCCGCGGAAUUUGUGUGUUGCGUAUGUGUGGUGCCUAAUAAUCAAUCACGGUGAAUAGCAGUCAUUUCAGCCAAUACUGUUGAUAAAUAUCGUUUUUUUUAACUCAAAAUGGCAAUGGAAGAGGCGGAUGUUGAUCAGAGACUGAGAGGCUAUCAGAGAGAAUACCUAGACUUUCUCGACGACGAGGAGGACCAAGGACGUUAUUCAAAAUUAGUUAAGGAUAUGGUCGCUGAUAAACGGAGACGGUUGGUUGUUAAUAUAAAUGAUUUGCGGAGGAAGAAUCCGUUGAGGGCAGCAAGCUUACUGAACAACCCAUUCGAAGAACAAAUAGCAUUCCAGGCAGCAUUGAAGGAGUAUGUUGGAAGCAUUGAUCCAACAUAUGCAAAAGAAGUUGAUGAUUUUUUUGUUGCAUUUGAAGGCAGUUUUGGCAGUAAGCAUGUGACGCCACGAACACUACUUAGCCGGUUCCUUGGUAAUUUGGUGUGUGUUGAAGGCAUUGUGACAAAAUGUUCGCUGGUCCGACCCAAAGUUGUUCGGAGUGUGCAUUAUUGCCCAGUUACAAAAAAGACCUUGGAAAGAAGAUAUACUGACCUGACAUCUUUCGAUGCAUUUCCAUCAAGUGCUGUUUAUCCGACAAAGGAUGAAGAUGGAAAUCCACUGGAAACAGAGUAUGGUCUUUCAGUUUACAAGGAUCACCAAACAUUAACAAUUCAAGAGAUGCCAGAGAAAGCUCCUGCAGGUCAGCUGCCAAGAUCUGUGGAUGUCAUUUGUGAUAAUGACCUCGUGGACAUUUGUAAACCAGGAGACAGAGUACAGAUAGUAGGAAAUUAUCGUUGUUUACCAAGCAAACAGGGUGGUUUCUCUAACUGCACAUUCAGGACAAUUUUGAUUGCUAACAACAUUUCACCAUUGAGCAAAGAGAACACACUUGCCUUGUCACGAGGUGAUGUGGCCAAAUGUAGAAAGCUUGUAAAUGCAAAGAGCACUGGUGAUAUUUUUGAACUACUUAGCAAAUCUCUGGCACCAUCAAUUCAUGGACAUGAAUAUAUUAAGAAAGCAAUUUUGUGUAUGCUGUUGGGAGGUGUAGAAAAAGUAUUACCUAAUGGAACAAGGCUGAGAGGAGACAUAAAUGUUCUUCUUAUUGGAGAUCCCAGUGUUGCAAAAUCUCAGUUACUCAGAUAUGUGCUAGCUACAGCUCCCAGAGCUAUACCGACGACAGGACGAGGCUCAACAGGAGUUGGUCUAACGGCUGCCGUCACCACAGAUCAGGAGACUGGUGAGAGAAGGUUAGAAGCUGGUGCUAUGGUUUUGGCUGAUCGUGGGGUUGUCUGUAUUGAUGAAUUUGACAAAAUGUCAGACAUAGAUCGUACAGCUAUUCAUGAAGUCAUGGAACAAGGAAGAGUCACUAUUGCGAAAGCUGGAAUACAGGCUCGUUUGAAUGCUCGUUGCUCUGUGCUUGCAGCAGCAAAUCCGGUUUACGGAAGGUAUGACCAGUACAAAACUCCAAUGGAGAAUAUUGGUCUUCAAGAUUCUCUUCUUUCACGUUUUGACUUGCUAUUUGUAAUGCUUGAUCUUGUGGAUGGAGAGCAGGACAACAGGAUAUCUGAUCAUGUAGUACGCAUGCACAGAUACAGGAACCCAGGAGAACAGGAUGGGGCGGUGUUGCCAAUGGGUUCAGCAGCUGACUUACUUGCUACCAACAAUCCAGAUGUGGAAGAGGAGGAUGAUAGUAAUGCACCAAUCUAUGAAAAAUAUGAUGCACUUCUACAUGGAAACACAAGAUCACGAAAGGACAAAAUUAUUAGUGUGAAAUUUAUGCGUAAAUAUAUACAUAUUGCAAAGAUGAUGAAGCCUACCCUAACAGAAGAGGCUUCAAAUGUAAUCUGUGAGGAAUAUUCAAAGCUUCGCUCUCAGGACAGUGUAGAAAAUGAUGUUGCCCGAACACAACCUGUGACAGCUCGUACAUUAGAAACUUUAAUACGUCUUUCAACAGCUCAUGCAAAGGCCCGGCUCUCACGAACAGUGGACGUUGAAGAUGCUCAAGCAGCCAUUGAGUUAGUGCAGUUUGCAUAUUUUAAGAAGGUCCUCGAGAAGGAGAAGAAGAGGCGGCGACAGAGUGAAGAUGGGGAUGCAUCAGCUGAUGAAAGUAGUGACGACAGGCCUAAGAAAAAAACACGCAAGGAGAAGAGUAAGAGACCCACGCCAAAGUCUGGGGAAGAGGGCCAUGACGUAUAUGAUGAUGUGACAGAUUCUGGAGAAGACGGUGAAGAUGAAGAAAGUGAAGCAGUGCAUCUGACAGAGCCAGGAAAUGCAGAAGAUAAAUCGGCACCACCAACUUCUUCUGCACCCAAGUCUCCUUCGAGAGGGGCAACUACUAUAUCUGAUGAGAGGUUCAAAUGUUUCAAAGCGAGCUUGGCAAAGGUGUUUCGAGAAGCUCGGACACAUUCAUUAUCGGUGGCCAGAGUGACGGAGUUUGCGAACAGUGAGCAGAGCACACCAUAUUCUCAAGAAGAAAUCAGUGCAGCAAUGGAUAAACUCUCAGAAGCAAACCAUAUUAUGGUUGCAGAUGACUUGGUACUUCUUAUCUAGAGAAAAUAAAAACAACUAUUUUAGUUCUGAACUGAGAGAUUGUGCACGCACACACACACACACAUGCGCGCACGUGUGUGUGUGUGUGUGUGUGUGUGUGUGUGUGUGUGUGUCACGUGGGGAGCACUUAGAUUACCGUACUAAAAAUUUUAAUUGGGCUUUGUAUCACACAGUGUGACUUUUAUCAGAAACUGAAACAAAUUGUGAAAUUUAUUUAUGAGUGAUAACAGCAGUAGAAAGGAAGAUAAUGAAUAAAGGAGGAUAGUGAAGCAAAAAUAUGAAAGGCGAGGUGGAAACAAGAUUCUGGAACCAUAAUGAAGGAAACUAACUUCUUUGUCAAUAUGGAAGAAAUAAGUAGAAAAAAGUUUUUAAUGUAAUCAUUGCUUCAUUUUAUGUGUUAGUACUUAAUGGUACAUGACAAGUAUCUGAUUGGUACUUUGAUGAACUUACCAUAUCUUUGAUAAUAUAAAUAUUUGUUAGAGCUCUAUGCUUUUACCUUCAAUAUUGUCACUCAAACAAUAAACAAUUAAUAUGCCUUCAAACCUAUCAUCUUAUUUUGUAACACAUUUCAUGUUAGUCAAGUGGAUGAAACAAGUGAAAUAAACUGGAAAUCAUGUAGGUAGUCCACUGACAAUGGUGCUAAUGGUAGGCAUAUGAAAUUUGUUUUCUUAGUAUUCUAUGAAGAUACAAGGGAAUUGUAGCCUUCACAGAAGUUAUGUUUUAGAGCAGUGUGAGAUGGAUUCAGUUGCCUUGACAUUUUCGGUGUCUGAAUCCAAGCAUUGUGUCAUUUAUGUUCUGCUUGGUUGUGUUAUCUACCAACCAACCAAAUCAUUUGUAUUAUCAUAAACUGAAUGUCACAGAACUUUCAUCUGUGCAGACCUUUCUGUCAUGAGUUGCCCAUAUAUACACUGUCUGUUCACAUUAAUGUGGCCACCUGUAUUAUACCUAAAUAUCCAAUUGUUGUAGUGCAGAAUGCUGAGAGAUGUGCUGGAAGUGUCAGUGAGGUUCUGGAAGGUACCGACAUGGAAAUGGAGGUAUGUGGACUCGACUGCUAUGAUCAGCUGUAUGCAGGGGUGGACAUGGUUUCCAAGGAUAGAUGCAUAUCUGUGUUGAUCCAUAGUGCCCUCCAUCCAAGAAUGCCAUGAAAACAUUUCCCAAACCAUAACGCUCCCUCCUCCUUGGACCUUUCCAACAUAUGUUGCAGGGUGUUUGCUUUCAGACAUUUCAUGCCAGUGGAGCAUAAAAUUUGAUUCAUCUGGAAAGGCCACCUGUUGUAAUUCAGACCUCCAGUUGCAGCCUUUGUCACUGAUGAACAGCAGUCAGCAUGGUUGCAUGAACCAGGCAGUUGCUACAGAGGCCCAUAUGCAGCAACAUAUUCUGAAGAGUCAGUUAGUUAGUUGCACAUCUAUUCACACACACACACACACACACACACACACCAGUCAGUCAUCCCUGUCAUCUAUGGGCCACUGAUGAUUCGGCACCAGUUUUGCCAUGCAUAGUACACAUUAACUAUGGUGAUACGCGAACAGUUUACAAACUUGGGCAUUUCAGAAAUGCUACCAUCAUUGGCCAAUGAGUAUGCCCUUUGAAUGUCGGAUAAUAAACACCAUUUCUGCAUUACAGCAAGGACUGCACUGUUUUCCGUGUCCCACUGACACGCUUAACAUACCCUCCAUUGCCAGGGCUGCCACCUCCAUCUGUUGAUGCCCAACAUAAGUGGUGGUCACUUUAAUGUGACAGGGUUUUAUAUAAAAGCCUUCAGCACACAUACUUUUUUGAAAGGACAUCUCUCAAAAAAAAGAAGCCCUUUUCCCUCUAAGUACAUCUUCUGGUGAGAGUACUGAUUAAGGAAAAUAACCACAAACUGUAUUUUCUUUUAGCAUCAUUCCUUCAGCACUGUACCAUAAUUUGUGUAUGUGUGUUGUUGAUGAAACAGGCCAGAAGUAUUCAAUUAUCCAGGUUACACAAGUAAGACAAGGACUUCCCAUUAACAUAUAAAGAAGAAAACAGUUGGUCAUCGUGACUUUUAAUUAGUCACCAGCUCACUUGCAAGAAAUAUUCAUUGUUCACUUCUGAGCUGACAGUUAUAGUGAAUGUACACAGAAAAUAGCCGUAGCGUCUUCUGUUUUCAGGAGAGCAUUGCAAUACAGCACAUUGAUUUCAUUAAGUUCCUCCCCAGCAGUCAUAUUCCUCAGGCUCUUACAUGUCUUUUAUUGCUAUAGCUUUGUGUAGCUAUAUUUGUCAUUGCUUCUAUUUUAUGCCCAUGACCAUUAUCUUGUUGCUAAGAAUUAGUUUCUUAACCACUUGCUUGGAUUUCAUAUGCUAUGUGCUACUGUAACCUUCCUCCACAUCUCGAGUCAAUUUUGUGAGUAGCUUGGUUCUUCCCUUCACCUUUUCUGUUUGCUUUCUCACCAGCUAACUGAAAAACGAACCUGUGAUUCAGAAAGGUUAAAUUUGAUAUCCAUCUUGUUUUCAAUUUCAUCACCCUGUCGGUGUAUAAGAGUGAACAAAUAUUUGAAUUAUACAUCCUCAUUCAUUUAAAGUUUCAUCAAAGACCAAUUUGAGCAUGGCUGUUGAAAAGCCACUGCAGUUAGAGUUGUUGUUUCAUUGAAGUAGCAGUGACAACUUUCUUCAUUGAAAUGAGAGAAAAGCAGUAGAGGAGGAGGUAACUUUGAAUAUUCAGAAGGUAGACGUAUUGGUGAAACCUGUAAGAAAAGAGUGUAAAUCCAAGGGAUUAAUCAGACUCAUAAGGCACAAUUACAGCCUGUUAUCUCCCUCAGAAGCAAUUACUGAAAAUAACUAUGUAUCGUCAGUAUGUAAUGAAUGUUUUGUUUGGGUGGCACUCAUGUAUGUCUCGUAAAAUAUAUCUGUAUAGCCAUUCUGGCAGUGAAACAAAUCCUCAUUUUUAAAUUGUGUUUUGGAAUAUUGAAUCACUAUUUUAAGUUAAAAUUAUAAAAAUAAAGAACAUGUUGAUGACUGACA